CAUCAAAGUGUUAAAUAUGAAUCUAUUGAGUAUAAGUUUGAUCAAAACUGUCUUAUAGUAAAAGGUGAAAAUGUCGAUUUUACUGAGCUUCAAAAAGAUAAAGACGAUAACGACGAUCCUAUGGCAAAAAGUGAGUAA